CAAUUCUUGACAGUAUGACAGUCAAAAUUGUCGAAUAAUUUUCGUUUUAGCUUGUCAUCGUUUUACCGAGUUGCAAACAAAAGUUAUUAAGUAUUAAAAAUAGUAAUGGCUUUACUGGAUCUUUGUCGUCUCGAUGAGAAAAUCAAUUUAAAGCCGGUGGACGCUCUUGCAUCAUUCCAAAACGAUGUAAUGGGAUUCAGCCAAAAUUUCAUCAACAGCGCCCAACUCGCUGUACCGCCGUUUGCUAACCCUGUAGAAACCCUAGCGAAAUUUAACACAAAAGACGAGACUGGUCGUGAUAUAAAAAUUGAAUUUGAUCAUGGAACCACUACACUUGGAUUCCGCUAUAAAGGUGGAGUAUUGUUAGCGGUGGACUCCCGUGCCACUGGGGGCCAGUUCAUUGGGUCACAAUCCAUGAAGAAAAUUGUAGAAAUCAAUGACUAUCUACUUGGUACACUGGCUGGUGGUGCCGCGGACUGUGUGUACUGGGACCGUGUACUCGCAAAGCAGUGCCGUCUGUACGAGUUGAGGAACAGGGAACGCAUCUCUGUGGCCGCUGCCAGCAAGCUGAUGGCCAACAUGGUGUACAACUACAAGGGCAUGGGUCUCAGUAUGGGCAUGAUGUUGGCUGGCUUUGAUAAGAGGGGUGCACAGUUAUAUUAUGUGGACAGUGAAGGAACUCGCACUCCAGGCAAAGUAUUCUCAGUGGGCUCAGGGUCCGUGUAUGCCUUUGGUGUACUGGACUCUGGUUACAAAUGGGAUUUAUCAGAUCUUGAAGCUCAAGAGCUCGGUCGCCGGGCCAUCUACCACGCGACCCACCGCGACGCAUACUCCGGUGGGAUCAUCCGCGUCUACCACAUCAGCGACAAAGGCUGGGUCAACAUCUCCAACGAAGACUGCAGCGAGCUCCACUACAAAUAUCAAGCAGAGAAAGGACUUACUGAGGAAUAGAUAAUGGUUAAAUAAAAUUGUAUUAUUUUUA